UCGCGAUCCGAUCGGAGACAAAAAUAGAAACAACGAAUGAUUCAAUUUCUUUGGUUUGUGAAACACAGUUUGAGCUAGCAAACUUAUAAGGGUGCAAGUGGAAACAAAACUCUUAUGGCUCCAACGCAAAGGCAACCUUGCUUGGAAAAGGUACAAGAGAAGGAGCAACUGAGGAGGAAACAAAGGGUAGAGUGGGCUUGUCGGAGUCACGCAGUGUCCAGUAUGUUAACAAAGAAAUACCAACUUGACUGUUUACUGUCAAGAGGCUCCUCUGCAAUAAUACUUUCUGGCAAACGGUUACAAGACAACUUUCCUGUCGUGGUGAAGGUGAUCAAGACUAGCUCUCUCACUGUGACAGACAGUGAAUACUUGGAGACAGAAAUAUCAAUAUUUGAUCAACUCAUAAACUUGAGAAGAGCAAAAGGAACUCCUUCAGAUAUGGGAAGCUAUCACGUUCUAAGCCCCAUAGAAGUUAUACGUGACCCAAUCAACCAAAAUGUCUAUCUGAUUUCCGAACAUUUACAGGGAGGAGAUUUAUUCUCACGAUUGGAGUCUAUGAAAGGCUAUUUAAUGACUGAAUCUGAAGUUUUAUGGCUGCUGAGACAAAUGCUAAGUGGCUUAUGUUUCUUGCAUCGUUUGGGAAUUUCUCACAGAGAUGUCAAAUUGGAAAACUUUGUCUUUGUAGAAACACCCAGCAAGAACAGUUAUGACUCAGUUCUGAAAAUUAUUGACUUUGGUUUGUGUCAUUGGAACCAAUCAUACCCUAAGAACAAUGGAGAAGAUGUCAUCCGCUGUUCGGAAGCUGUAGGAACCUUACAUUAUGUGCCUCCUGAAAUUGUAAAGGAGAAAGAUUAUAUUCCUGAGAAAGUUGAUUCUUGGGAACUUGGCGUAGUUGCCUAUGCCUUGAUUACUCAAAAACUUCCAUUUGAUGACUGGGAUGAUAAUAACGUUUUUUCUAAGAUUUGUACAUUGCCUCCCAAUAUGAGGACACCUUGCUGGGACCGCAUAUCUCUUGGAACUAAACAACUCAUUGCUCAACUACUUAUAAAAGAUGAGUCCAAGAGAAUCUCCUGUGAAGAAGCUUUUCAAAGAGUGGAAGCUUUGUUAGAAUCCAUAGGAGCUCCUCAUGGAGUCGAAGCAGAUAGGCUAAUAAGAAACCUGAGUCAUAAACAAAUGGUUCAAGAGAACACUGCUCGUUCAGAAAAGCCCCCCGAAAAUACUGAUCUAUUAAACAACAACGAGUCGUUAUCUGGGAAGAAUACUAAACAGGAUAAGAUACAAAACUCAGAAACUACCGUGGCAUGUCAACCUGUUAUGAAUUGGCAAAGUAUUUUAACCUUUUUCAGACGGUCUCGGCGCUCCUCUGGAACCAAACCUGAACCAGCAUCUCGUAGCUUUGAUAUUUUGGCUUGGAAGUCUCAAAUUCGAGACAAAUUGAAAAACUCCUCGCCACUUAGGCGUAGACAGGCUGCAGUGAAUGAGAAUGAGAAUCAGAGAGUUGCAAACCAAACUCGUCAUCAAUCAGUUCCUAACAAUAAUUCCCAGUGUAAUUCAAACCAGAAAACAAGUCGACCUUCAAUCCUGCUUCGAGAAAACAAUUCAUCAUGACUGAUGUAUAUCCAUGUAAUGUAGCUAACUCAUCCAAAACACUGUAUUCUAGUGUUGUCUCUGUUUUGUAAUAAAAA